ACGCAGUGGCCCGGCACCCGGAAAUAGAAAAAAAAAAAAAAAAACAUCGGAUGACGCCUAAGCGGACUGCAUAUCAUUUAGCCGCACAUGAGUAACGAUACAUGGUCGCGGCGAAGCGUCGUCGACGCGUCAUAAGCGGAGGCAGGAAGAAAAGGGAAUUUAAAAAAAAAAAAGGUCUCCUUUUUCCGUGUUAUGUUUGACCGGCUCACGGCGCCACCUUUGCCCGAGCACCGGAGUCGGACCCCGCCGUCCAGCCCUUGUCACUUGCCCGCUAUGGACGUGCUCCUCUGGAUGCCCCCGCUGCUGCUGCUGCUGGUGCCGCUGCUGCUGUGGACCAGCAGCACCUUCGUCUUCUAUUUCAAAAAGUGCUUUUACGUGGCCUGGAUGAUGGUACUGGCCCUGGUCGCCAUCCCGCUGUGCAUACUGAAAAGCGGGGGCCGGGACGUGGAGAACAUGAGGAUUAUCCGCUCCAUCGUUCGUCAUGUCAAGUAUUUCCUUGGCCUUCGGUUCGAAGUCAGCGGCUGGGAGCACCUGCAGACCAAGGGCCCCUACGUCAUCAUCUCCAACCACCAGAGCUCCCUCGAUGUUUUGGGCCUGAUGGAGAUCUUGCCUGACCGCUGCACCAUGAUCGCCAAGAAGGAGCUGAUCUACGCCGGCACGGUGGGCCUCAUCUGCUGGCUGGGCGGCAUUGUCUUCAUCAACCGCAAGAAGACGAGCGACGCCAAGAGCGUCAUGGCCGACGCCGCCCAGACCAUGUUGGACGAGCAGAUCCGUCUGUGGGUGUUCCCUGAGGGAACGCGGAACCAGAGAGGGGACUUGCUACCCUUCAAAAAAGGCGCGUUCCACUUGGCAGUUCAAGCACAAGUGCCCAUCAUUCCCGUGGUCUUCUCCUCCUACCGCAGCUUUUACCUACGGAAAGAAAAACAGUUCAAAUCGGGGACCAUCAGAUUGAAGAUCCUCCCAAAGAUCGAGACAAAAGGGAUGGCGUCCGAGGACGUGGCGUCCCUCGCCGACAAAUCCUUCGACGUGAUGCGCUCGGCCUUCUUGGACGCCGCCAAAACCCACAGCAACGGCCCCGUGAGGCACUGAGUGGCCAUCGUACUCUGACCCCCCCCCCCCCCCCCCCCCCCCCCAUCGCCCAGGUUGUCCUAAAACCUGGCCAGGACACGACGUGACUGCAGUUGGCCCCUCCCUUCCAGCACAGUCCUGACCCUCGCCAUGUUUGCGAGCGGAAUGACGGACAGUGCGGCUUUUUCUGUGCAUGUAUUCUUUUUCACGCCGCUUUGGAACACCCCCCCCCCCUUUUUUUUUUAUUGUUUUUUUUCUCAUGUUGCCUUUUGUUGAGGUUAUCUUUGGACACAGUCCACCUCCUUCCUUCCUCUCUGCGUUCCACCUUAAAGACAAAAGCAGGCGGGGUUUUCACAAGUGGUGGAGGUCAGAGUUUAACGUUCCUUAUAGUUCCCUCGCGAUGAGCUCAUCUCCACGUCCGUUUGCUUAUUCAACCACAGGAAGUCCUUAUGAGGGCGUUUAUUUAACGACUGUUAAAUGAAUGCCAUCUCGUCGCAUCACUUAUUCUCUCUUUGACGCCUUUCUAAGCGCUCGCAGGGACCUCUAGUGGCCAGAAAGUGUGCGUCCAAACUGGAAAGUAAAAGUAUGCAUGGACCAUUUUGGUAUUUUUUUCAUUUUGUUUAAAAAAAAAAGACAAAAAAAGGCUUAAAACAGACAUUAUAUAUAUUUCAAAAUAAAGUCAGUGUCCGCUUUGUGUUCUAGGUGACAGUGUGUUAUCAGUUAUUACAGGGGUGUCCACAGUGCAGCCCUAGUUUUGUUGGCCUGCAGCAAAUUGUCGAGAAAAAAAUAUAUAUAAAUGUAAGAAAAAAGAUAGGAAAUAUUUUACAUUUUGAUAGUAAUAAUAAUACAGUGCAUCCGGAAAGUAUUCACUUUAUCCGCAUUUUGUUAUGUCACAGCCUUAUCCCAAAAUGGAAUAGAUUUCAUGUUUGUCCUAAAAAUUCUACAAACAGUACCCCAUAGUGACAUUGUGAAUUUUUUAAUUUUUUUAUUUUGCAAAUGUAUUAAAAAAAUGAAAAAUAUUAAAAAAGUCACAUGAACAUAAGUAUUCACAACAUUUGCUCAAUGAUUUUUUUUUUUUAUUUAAAUUUGCAAAAUUAAAAAAAAACGUUUUCACGUUGUCAUUAUGGGGUAUUGUAUGUAGAAUGUUGAGGACUUAUUAUUUUUUCUUACAUUUUCACUUAUUUCUUGUUUCUAACAAUAUGUUGCGGGCCAACUCUGGACACCCCUGGUGGAGCGGGACAAAACUGCUGCACCAAAACAUUAAGGGAAUCACCUUAAAAGUGCGUUUUGCUGAUUGGCAACGUGAAAAUCUGCUAUUUUUCUCAUGAAUUCAACAUAGAAGUGUUAGCAGCGUAGGAUAGUGUUGAUUAUUUAUGAGAGAUUUCGGCCUUAAGUCUGUUUGGUUGUCACACUAUGAGAUUCCUUGUAUCCUCACAGCCUGUAAAAGCCGCCUUUUUUUUCUCUCCAUCUCUUUUGUGUCCUUGUUGAAGCAGUAACGGAGGCGGGGCGGCAUCCGUGCGUACGGGAAUGCCGGAAAGAGUGUCGAAGCUUUAAAAAAAACAAAAACAAAAAAAAAACACCCGUCCCGCCCUGUUGUGUUGAAAGCAACUGUCUGUGUCCGACAAUGUUUGAUACGUCACGCCAGAAUGUCGUCUGAUCAUCCCAAUCGCGGGAUUGCCGCUGUGUCAAAUCUCUUGUUUACCGCCGCCAUCUUUACAGGUUUCACUCUUUCGCCUUGUUUCGCCGCUUUUUUGAGAAUGUACCUGUGAGCAUUCGGGAUCUAAUGCAUCUUAAUUGUUUCUUUGUUUGUUCCCCUCCCUGGUUAGAGCUUUCAAAGUGGCGUCCAAUCUGGGAAUUGAUGACAUAUUGUGGACCGAUUGUGAGGAGAUUUGAGGAGUGGCGCUAACCCCAACUCACUUAGCUUUACACACCGUAAGGCCCGUUUGAAUAUCUACGCCUAAUAUAACUAAUCCAUCUUUUUGCUUCUUUUUCUUGCAUUCAAAGUAUUUAUCGCUAGUAUUAUUUUGCAGCAAGUGGUUUGAAUGUUGAACCAAAUUGGUUUCCUCCAAAAACAAUAGCUUUUUUUUUUCUAAAUACAAAUUAAUUGUACGUUCCGUUUCUGUUUGAUCUCAUUUGUGACAUGUAAUUAUUUGUGCGUUUAAUGUACAGCACAAGUGGUUUGAGAGACUCCACCACUGGGAGUCAAAUUUAUGCUAAUGAACAUCUUGUGGAAUGGUUAAAAUAUUUCAAUUUGUGUAUUUUUUUUUGUGACGAGGGUUUUUCCCCCCUCCCAGCACAUAAGAAAAAUUAUCAAUACAGCAAUUUGGACGCUCAAAAUGAAUUUAAAAAAGAAGGACGAUAGAACUGAAGUGAAAUAUUGCACUUUUCAUGCUGAAUUUUGUCAGGAAACAUAAACAAAAUGUCUUCAUGUUCACCAAAGCUAUUAAAGUGUAAUUGUCGGUAGCUUUAGAUGGAAUAUAUCCUAAGUGUGUAUGUGCCAUAUUAAUAAUCUGGCUUAUAUUGACCAUGUAGUGUUCUUGAUUUCACCUCUUCUGAGUAAAUGUGAAUGCCUUGCAAGUGCAACAGAUGAAAUAAAUGUAUUUCUUUUUUUUCUUA